CGGGCACGCGAGCUGCCUCCUCUCCGUCACUUCCGUCUCCUCCUCAGCAGAGCAAGAUGGCGACAGCAGUAGAGAGAGUAGAUGGAUGUGUCGGGUCCUUGGACUCGGACUCGGUGUCACCGAGACAGUCCAGCCCGCCGCCGGAGCAGACGCACCAGAACAACCCGCUGCUGGGUCUGCCCAUCGUGGCCAUCGAGACCAUCCUCAACUUCAUGUCCUACGACGAGAUCAGCCUGCUGCGCUCGGUAUGUAAGCGCAUGGACAUUAUCUGCCAGCGUGUCCUGAACCAGGGCUUCCUGAAGGUGGAGCGUUACCACAGUCUGUGCCAGAGGCAAGUCAAAGCCCAGCUGCCCAGACGAGAGUCGGAGAGGAGAAACCAUUCGCUGGCCCGUCACGCUGACAUCCUGGCUGCCGUGGAGACACGCCUCUCUCUGCUCAACAUGACCUUCAUGAAAUACGUCGACUCCAACCUCUGCUGCUUCAUCCCUGGAAAGGUGAUAGAUGAGAUUUACCGCGUGCUGCGCUACGUGAACUCCACUCGGGCCCCCCAGCGAGCUCACGAGGUCCUGCAGGAGUUGAGGGAUAUCUCCUCCAUGGCCAUGGAGUACUUCGAUGAGAAGAUCGUUCCCAUCCUGAAGAAGAAGCUGCCGGGGGCCGACCUGUCCGGCCGCCUCAUCGGCUCCACACCAGUGGCAGGUCCGUCUACCUCCCUGACCACCAUGUCCCUGCUGGCCAAGAACACGCCGUCGCGCUCCGAGAUGACCAAGGUGCAGCAGCAGGUGAAGGUGAACGGGGCGUCGAUGACGGUACUGCGGAGGGAGAUGCAGGAGAUCCGCGUCAAGCAGCUGGAGCAGCAGAAGCAGCUGCAGGACCAGGAGCAGAAGCUGCUGGAACAGACCCAGGUGAUCGGCGAGCAGAACGCCCGCCUUGCCGAGCUGGAACACAAGCUCCGCGAACUGAUGGACAGCAGUGCCAUGGGAGGACCCAGGACCGGCACGACCGCCCCUUCCACAUCCAGCGCCGCCGCCGUGUCUUCCACUGUCGCCGGCGCCUCCGGUACCGUGGUCGCGGCCUCUCUAUCCAGAGAGCCAGAAGGAGAGGGGGGGUCAUCCCUCAAACGUACCAGAAAGAGCUCAGACCUCCCACGACAGUCCAAACGGCUGCGCAGCAAGAAAUAAGAGACUCAGUGUGUCAUUUAGUUGAAGUUUUUGUUUUUUGGUUUCGAGGUCUGACUGAUCACACCUUCUACCCAAUCCUCCCCCCGCGUCACUGCCCACCCCACCAUCAACUGUACCGUCUGUGAGAUGAGUCAGGAGUAUCUCCCCCCUCCCCACCCCAUCCACUAAAUCAGAAUAUAGGCAGGUGGUGGUGCAGCUAAGACUAUUUAUUGAAGGUUCCAUUAAAAUGACUGUAAAGCUUUUUAAUGUAGAUGCUUUUCUAAGAGGCUUAUAUGUUUGCAAAAAUUAGUAUGGCUAAACAGCAGAAAUUCAGAUGGUCGGUAAACCUGGUCUAACAGAAGUCACAUUGUACGUGUUAUUAAUGUAGUUCCUAGUUUCUGAAAUCAAAUCUACCAAGAGAUUUGAUUUCAGAAACGUACACGAUUAAAAGGAUAUCACAGUAAAAACACAGAGUCAUGACAGUCCUUACAUCGCAAAAUAAGACCUAAUUGAAGUUGCAUGUUAUGGGUAAUCUAGGUAAUCUCUGGGUGAUCUCCUUUCCAUUUUCACACGGGUAGGAAGUCUAAAUCCAUAAAGCAUUCAUUUCAUUCACACUUGUUUCUUCCUAACUUUGGCUAAGUGCAAUACAAUUCAUCUAAGAAGUGAGAGGUAAUUCAUUUUCCUUACCAGUUGGUCUAUCCAAAAUUGCUUCUCAGAUCAGUUCAGUUCGAUCUGACCAGUUUUUGAAUCGGCAUAAAAAGGAAGGAUGGGGGUCUUAAAGAAGGAAAAAGGCAGUUUGCAUUAAUCUUGACUCUUGGGUUUCCAGCGAGGGUGCGCCUGAAAGCACCCGGUGUUCCUGCUUGUCUUUGACUCUAUGAGCUGUGCUGAGGAGGACAAAGAAACUAUAGAACUGCUCUCCAAAUAUCCUUUUAGGAUCAUACCAGUGUUUUUUUUUUACAUAUUUCAGCCUAUUUAAUACAAAUAAUGCCCAGCUCAGUAUAGCCCAACAUUGUAUAAAGUACACUAAAGAGUGUUACAGUUUUCUGAACAGCCGUUUAUUUCCUUUCAUUUCACCGCAGAAACGUGCACGUCAUGACUUUGAAAAAAACAACAUGGCAGCUGUUCCUGGAAACGUUCAGAUCUCUCUGCCUAAAAAAUCGGACAAAAUCUAUUAACUCAAGGUCCACUUACUAGCUUUUUUUCAGAGCUUUCAACCACCAACACGGUCUCCACCAUUGUAAAUAGUAGUUUGAAAGGUUGUGAGUCGACCUUGAAUCUAAAAUACUAUGUCAAAUUAUAAAGUUUGACGAAAUAUUGCUUUUUUUUGCGACAUUUUCAACCAUUUCUAAGAGUCUUCAUCAGUGCAUGACAUGAGCAAACUUAUCUGCUAAUGAAGACCUUGAGAUGUUGUUGAAAGCUCUAGAAAAAGCUUGUAGGUGGACUUUGAGUUGAGAGUAUUUUGUCACAUUGGAAUUAGUGGUUUGAAGACUGUGAGAUGUUGUGGUUGAAAGCUCUGGCAGAAGAAGCUAGUAUGUGGACCUUGAUUUAUAGUUUUCAUCAAACUUCCUACACAACCUAUCUUUUUUUUCCAGAGCUUUCAGCUUCAUCUCAAAGCCUUCAGUGGAGUUUGGUGUAUUUCCAAGGUCAAGAAUAAACAGUUUUGGAGUUUCUAGAGGCUGCGUUCGGGAUCGCAUACCAACUCACUGCGUGCUACAUCCUCUAUCUGUAUGUACUGCCUUCUAAAUGAACGAUUAAAGGAACCGUGUUCAGCAUGUAGAGGGAUCUAUUGGCAGAAAUGGAAUAUAAUAUAAAUAAACAUGUUUCCUUUAGUGUAUAAUCACCUGAAAAUAAGCGCCGUUGUGUUUUCGUUAGCUUAGAAUGAGCCGUUUAUAUCUACAGAGGGAGCGGGUCCCCUCUUCACAAAGCCGGCCAUCAUGUUUCUACGGUAGCCCAGAACGGACAAACCAAACACUGGCUCUAGAGCGGGACAUCAUAGUUCUCCUAUACGCUUGGGACACGGGAAAAGUUUCAGUUGGUUGCAAUCUGCAACCUCACCACUAGAUGCUGCUAGAUCCUACACACUGCACCUUUAAGUACGCCAUUACCAGCAGACUGUUCACACUGAAGUGCAUCACAUGACUGUAUCGAUCCCAACGUUACUGGUCCGAGCUAUCGUUGAAUGAAAAUGUAAAUCAACAUCCACUUAUUUGAUCAUUUUCCACUAUUAUUUUAGGGGCAAAUUAAAUUAUGAAAUGUUUUAGUGUUAAAUGUGUUUUCUACAGUACAUUAUAUGUGUGAGCCUUUUUCAUCUAUAACUGUUCCUGAACGUCACUCGCCAUCUUUUGUAAUUAUUUUAUCAAAUAGUUAAUUAUUUAAACUGUCUGCUAUUAGACAGUCUGAAGAGUCGCAAUGCAUUGUGGGGUGGUUGAGUAUACGUCCAUUAAGCUCACAUCUCAUACUCGGAAAUUCUUGCUAACCUAGUAUACAUCCGGGCAUAUCUCACGUAUACAAAAUCCACAUACUAUGCAGUGUGAACGCAGUACUGAGUAGUCCACAGAGCCUGAGUCAGAUCAUCAUGUUAAGUAUUUACAUGAUCAACACUCAGUUUACUCAUUCCAAGGGUGAUUAUUUGUAGUAAAUAGUUGGAAACAGAGAAAAAAACACUUGUAUGGUCCUUAAAAGUCAAAGUAGAAAGUAUGUAAAUUUGAAAAAAAAUAAAGUAUACUGUAUAUGCACUGGCAUUUGAAGAGUCUGUUCAUCCAAAUGACACAUUUUAAAGUCUCCUCCUCUCUAGCUCCAUGCAGAUUGUUUUUGUUUUCUUGUCCAUGUUAAGAGACACCUGUCUCUGAGACUUCUGCCUCCACCUGUAAAUGGGAUGUAGCCUAACAGCAUGGAUGACACCACUGGAAGGAAAUGAGAAAAAAAAAUCUAUUUUUGACCCUAUAAAGUGGCAUCACUUUUUUUUUCUUUUAAAUGUUGUAACACCAACUUUGAAAUUGCAGUUUUAAAAUCAGCCCGCUGAAUUAGUGUUAAGGGUUAGUAAGGGAAAUAGCAGAACUUCUGACUGGUGUGCGGUGACAGUAGAGGGGUGCUAGACAUGUUCUACAUUUGUGCUGGACAGAUCGGCUCAGAGUGAGAUGAGAAGUUCCCCCGGCGUCGUAUCAGCUCCCCCCGUCUGCCUCUUGCCUUGUGAGGCUAUAGGUUAGCUCUGAGCCCAUAUUGUGGCUGUGCUUUUGUUUCCUCUUCUGUUCUUUGGAUGACUUGAACCACUCACGGCAUGACCUUUUCGGGUAAAGAAACUUUGGAGAUGCAGUUCACUUCUCGGUGAAUACUAGCGCGUAUUAUAAUGACACUGGGCAGAAAAGGCACAAGAAGAUGUAAUCUAGUGGCUUAAUUUGAGACUGCGUCUCAGUUUAGAAAAUUGUACCGUAAUCUUUAUGUACUUUACAGUGUUGGUUGUGAAUUAUUCCAUGUAUGUAUAUCAAGAACACUAUCCUUUUGAGUUGGCCAACUUGGGGCCAACUGUACGGUUUUGUUGCACAUAUUGCUGUUACAAAUGUACAAAUCAAACCUAUUAAAAACCCAACUUAUCCACAUA